CCGCGGUCGUUCCCUGCGAAUUAACGCUGCUGCUGCGCAACACACAGACGGAGAAUACCGAUUUCUGACCACUUGGGCCUUUUUUUUUUCCUCCGCUGCAAACCUCGGCUGUGUUACCCGUCAGCUGCUGCAAAGCAGGGCGGGUUGCAUCGGCGUCGAUCGAGUAGAACAAAAACCGAUAUUUUUUUGGCUCGUAUUGUGAUCGGCAGGGGGGGAUGACACGCACGCAGAGAACGCCGUGUUUGUUUAGUGCGGUGAAAUGAGGCAGGGGGGGUGGACAGUCGCCACAGAGACGCUGGGCUCCGGCCAAACAUCUCUGCAUGUUAGCACCUCGUCCAUGCGUCGGAUUUGCAUUGCGUUGCAUUUAAUGCAUCAUCUUCUGUAGUAUUUUUGUUAUUUUUUUUUUGCAAAGUGCACAGUGGAUGGAAGAUGCAGCUGCUUUGAGGACACCCCCCCCUUCCUCCCCCUCCUCCUCCUCCGUACAUCCAUCGCUGCCAUGACAGGCAGGAGUCUGCUCUCUACCACGGCUGCUCGGCCGGCUGGAGAGGAGGCGGAUUGAUUCGGGACGGUGGGUCGGUCCUGCGGAUGUUAAACCAGUGAAUACCGCGCUCAUCCAAACGCACCACCGCGAUUGUCACUCAGGGAAAGAAAGCAAACAUGUCCUCUCGAUCUGCAUUACCGUCUGGCAACGACAGGAGUACCGGAGACCAUCAUGUGUUGCUGGGGGCUAGCCGUUCGGACAAGGCUACAAGUCAGUCCAGUCGUUCUCUUGGAGCCCGGUGCAGGAACUCCAUCGCCUCCUGUUCUGACGAGCAGCCGCACAUCGGCAACUAUCGUUUACUCAAGACCAUCGGCAAAGGAAACUUUGCCAAGGUCAAGUUGGCACGACACAUCCUGACGGGCAAAGAGGUUGCAAUAAAAAUCAUAGACAAAACUCAGUUGAAUCCAACCAGCCUACAAAAGCUCUUUCGAGAGGUACGAAUAAUGAAAGGCUUGAAUCACCCCAACAUAGUGCAGCUGUUCGAGGUGAUCGAGACGGAUAAGACGCUUUACCUAAUCAUGGAGUAUGCGAGCGGAGGGGAAGUGUUUGACUACCUCGUUUCUCAUGGAAGAAUGAAGGAGGUUGAAGCCAGAGCCAAAUUUCGACAGAUUGUUUCCGCUGUCCACUAUUGCCACACAAAGAACAUUGUCCACAGAGAUUUGAAGGCGGAGAACCUCCUGCUGGAUGCCGAUGCCAAUAUCAAGAUCGCCGAUUUUGGCUUCAGCAAUGAGUUCACGCUGGGCAACAAGCUGGAUACGUUCUGCGGCUCACCCCCCUACGCUGCCCCUGAGCUCUUCCAGGGGAAGAAGUACGAUGGACCCGAGGUGGAUGUGUGGAGUCUCGGAGUCAUACUGUACACGCUGGUUAGCGGCUCGCUGCCUUUUGAUGGGCAGAACCUGAAGGAGCUGAGGGAGCGUGUGCUGAGGGGAAAGUACCGCGUCCCCUUUUACAUGUCCACAGACUGUGAAGGCAUCCUUCGCCGAUUCCUGGUGCUCAACCCCGCCAAACGCUGCACCCUAGAGCAAGUCAUGAAGGACAAGUGGAUAAAUUCAGGGUAUGAGGGUGAGGAGCUAAAGCCCCAUAUAGAACCCGUUGAGGACUACAGCGAUGCCACCCGUAUAGAGGUGAUGGUCGGCAUGGGCUUCACCCCCGAGGAAAUCAAGGACUCUCUGCUCAAUCAGAAAUACAAUGAAGUCACAGCGACCUACUUACUGCUGGGCCGCAAAGGCGACGAGGGCAGCGAGGCCCGCUCAGCCAGCACCCUGUCUUUGGCAAGAGUGAGACCCAGUCCGAUUACCAACGGAACCAACAAACACUCUUCAACUACUGGCUCCUCUUCCUCAUCCACCUCCUCCUCACACAGCAAGACACAGCGCAGUGCCUCCACUUACCACAGGCAGCGACGACACAGUGACUUCUGCGGCCCCUCCAUGCCCGUCAUGCACCCAAAGCGGAGCCCCACGAGCACGGGCGAGAGGGAGCUGCGGGAGGGACGGAUGCCUUCACGUAAAGCCAGUUGCAGUGUGAUGGGAAGCCACAGCCUCCCUCCGUCGAGCCCGAUGGUGAGCAGCGCCAACAACCCCAACAAGUCAGAGAUCCCAGACCGUCGCAAAGACAUGACCGCCACCACAAACAACAUCCCUGGAAGUGCGAUGACACGUCGGAAUACGUACGUGUGCACGGAUCGCUCCGGCGCCGACAGGCACUCUCUUCUGCAGAAUGGCAAAGACAACAGCUCUCUUAGCCACCGCUUGCCUGCAGCAUCUCCCUCCACGCUCAGCAUUUCCGGGGCCGGCGCUGCAUCGUCCUCGUCCUCUUCAGACCGGUGCCGCUUGACCAGGGGCUCCACCAUCCGCAGCACCUUUCACGGCGGGCAGCUGAGGGACCGCGGCCCUCCAAUCUACUCGGCCCCGCCCACUUCACCCACGCUUUCCCACCAUGAUGCCAGCCCGCUGCCCCAUGCUCGCACCAGAGCGACCUCCAACCUCUUCACCAAGCUGACCUCCAAACUCACUCGCAGGGUCACAAAUGAAUCUGAGGGAAUCAGGAGAUUUGCGGUCACAAGUUGCCAUCUACCUGGGUAUCAAAAAGCGCCCGAGCCCCGGGCCGUCGGACGUGGCUGGGAUCUGAGAGGAAGCGGGCGGCGGGACCCUGCGGAGGUGGUACUUGCUCUGCGGGAGGCGGCGCUCGGAUGUGGCUGUCAGGUCCACCACGCCGGCCCCUUUCUGCUCUCCUGCACACACGGCGCGGCGGGGGGCCGCGUGGCUUUUGAGGCCGAGGUGUGCCACCUUUCCACGGGCGCCUCCGGGACUUCUAACGGUGUGCGCUACACGCGACUCUGGGGGGCACCUCUAGCUUUCCGGGACGUCGCCACCCAAAUCUCCAAGGAUCUUGAACUUUAAACGGAGGGUGUGCUUGUCUACGAGUGUGUUUCUGUGUGUGUGCGAGUGUUUGUGUCUGUGUGUUUGUGAAAAUGGGGGGGCUGGGGAGAGGGUGGGGGGGGGCUUGGACAAUUUUGAAAUAGUGGAUCAGACGGGGCAAGGGGCUGGACCCGAGAGAAAAUACUUCUCUUACUGUCUCGUUCAUGACGACCCCACACACACCUGACACGUAAAAAAAAAACAACACACACACACACAGUGAGGCGCCCCCCACCCUAUCCGCCCCCGUACCACCCCCCUCCAUCACCUACACCUACAAAACUCAGCCACCCUUGCUGAGACACUUUCACCCACUGGACCUGGAUCUGACUGAAUCUAGUUAAAUAUUUUUUACUACUACUCUAGCCAUAAUAAUACUAUUUUACUUGUUUAAUUUAUUGCUCUGAUGAUUGUUUUUUUAUCCGCUGUUAUUUUUACUAAACUAGUGCAGAAAAAUAUUAAUUUUGUGUGUUCACCUGAUCAUACCGUUCUUUUUUUUUUUGUAAUCCAUAAGAACCCAGACCACAGAUAUUUUGGAUGCAUUUUCUGAAAUACUACUAAUACUUUUCAAAGGUGCAAUGCUACACAUACUACAAUACAUUGUUUAUGCUUUAUUUGAAAAGAGUGGAACCCAAUUAAUGCAUACUGUUUCUGUACAACUGACUAAUCAAGUAUCAACUAUUUUUUUUUAACAAUUACAUAUUUUGGGGGGCCGUACCCUAACCCCCCCCAUAUGACAUCCCUGGCCAAUGGCACUUUUUAUAAAUGAAACAUUUAUAGUUAAUUCAUGUCUAUUUUACUCAUGGAUGAUUCAUAUCGGAGGCUGCACGGUGGUCCGAGUGGUUAGCGCGCAGGCCUCACAGCUACGAGACCCGAGUUCAAUUCCACCCUCGACCAUCUCUGUGUGGAGUUUGUAUGUUCUCCCCGUGCAUGCGUGGGUUUUCUCCGGGUACUCCGGUUUCCUCCCACAUUCCAAAAACAUGCUAGGUUAAUUGGCGACUCCAAAUUGUCCAUAGGUAUGAAUGUGAGUGUGAAUGGUUGUUUGUCUAUAUGUGCCCUGUGAUUGGCUGGCCACCAGUCCAGGGUGUACCCCGCCUCUCCCCCGAAGACAGCUGGGAUAGGCUCCAGCACCCUCCGUGACCCUCGUGAGGAUAAGCGGUAGAAAAUGAAUGAAUGAAUGAAUAUUGCCAAAAAUAAAUGUACAAAAAACACUGACAUUAUAUACAUAUAAUAAUUUUUAAAAUUACCUAAAAUAUUAAUUUGGAUGUAUUUUGAUUUCUAUUAGUUUACAUAUUUUUAUUACAUUUUUUUAAUAUGAAAAAUAAUUUUAUUACUGGGAUGCACGGCUGUCGAGUGGUUAGCGCGCAGCUAGGAGAAAUUGUCCAUAGGUAUGAAUGUGAGUGUGAAUGGUUGUUUGUCUAUACAUAUGUGCCCUGUGAUUGGCUGGCGACCAGUCCAGGGUGUACCCCGCCUCUCCCCCGAAGACAGCUGGGAUAGGCUCCAGCACCCCCCGUGACCCUCAUGAGGAUAAGCGGUAGAAAAUGAAUGAAUGAUUCAUAUCGGAAUCGGCAGCAUGAAACCCUGAUCGGAGCAUCCAUAAUUAGAAUUGUUAAUUGGCUUUAAAAUUAGCUUUAACUGCAAAAAUAAGCUGAGCUAGCUUUGGGGAAGCCAUAUCCUGGAGUAGUCACUCCAAAAAUGUUUCCUAUACAUCGGCACUCACUUCAUUUGUGCAAGAUCCACUUCAGGACAUUUAAAGUGUCGGUGACAUGGGUUCUUAUGGCUGAAACGACAGUAUUCACACGUCUGUUCACCUUUACUUGAACGCCAUUCUGUUUUUUCCGACAUAAAAUGUGGAUACAUGGGCUUGAGUGCGUCAGAGCAGCAGCAGGGUUGCGUUGUUUUGCUAAGAUAGUGUCACAUCACAACGUACGGCAGUGACGACUGCGCUGGAUUAAGGUCAAUGGGUGCAGGGUUGACCAAUCAAAGGCUGGCUAACACUAAUGAGUCUGUGGCUUAACGAGCUGGUGUGUGCUUUAGCAGAUGAGUCCAUAUAGAAAACAUUAAGAGGGCAAAAUGCAAAAAGAAAGCUUAUUGUGGGGACGCAUUGGUCCAUCAGUUUGGACGAAUGAACAUUUGGCUGGAAAUGACAGAAGAAUUACUUUUUUUUUUUCACCUGAAAGUUAAAAUACGGGACAAAUACCGGAUACUAUUAAAACAGGCGGGCAUGUUAUGUUAAUGGAAGUGUUUUCACAAGUUACUUUGAGGAACAUCAUGCACAAUGAAAUGAAAAGAGUAGGACGAAGCAGAGUUUUUUUUUUUUUUUUUUUUUUUUUU